AUGGCACAAAAGCUGGACCUCGGUCGUUCCACUUUGCGAAUCCGAGACUCAAAGUUGCAGCUUCAUCUGACUGCAUCUGCCCAUUUCACCCAACCACAAAGCCAUGGAGCUCCCCAAAUACCAAUUGACUUCUCGCAAUUGUCAGACCUUGAAAGUGUGUGGAUAACAGAGGCACCAGAGCUGGAGCUGCGCUUGUUUGUCGGGGGAAAUUGGGAUCAAAUUAAAGUAGCGUCACUCGUCUCGAAACUGAGCAGCAAACUCUGUGAAAUGGAGAUCUGGUCGGAUCUAGGAUUCGCAGUUGAGCUCAAGAAAGACGGACAUGAAGAUCGCGUUGACACUUCGGGUUUCCACUGCCUCAAAUUUGCUCUGCAUAGAGAUUGUCGAGUACGGAUCAACACAACGGGCUAUACUCUGCCCAACUCGAUGACCAAACCCCCAGACGCGUGCCCUCCCUCCGGUGUACCGGUAGCUAACUUGACGUCAAUUGGUAUUCAAGUAGAAUUUGUAUUCCGGACCAAGGACACACCACGAGCCCAAGACUUUUCGAAGUUGGAGGCUGGUAUUCUUUGGCAAGAAGAACUGGCUGUACCCGCUUCUCAACUGCUAGAAAGAAUAGCAGAAGUCACAAUCCCACAGCCAAUGUCCGACGAGGGUUCCUAUAAAGCUCUUGAAUCACAGACUGCUUGCAUAUCGGGAGAUGGAUCAGACUCAUCAUGCGAAGAGCUCUUCCGUUUGUUUUACCUAGGACUUCAAAGACUGGUAAUUUCCAACUCGAUCAAAGAUCCCCAUGUUCGCAUCUCACAACAGGACACGAUCAAGAGCUUCGCAGAUGUAUCUCCCGCGGUGUUCAAUCCUGGAUACCGGGAUGCGAUCAACCAGCGAGCAGUGACAAUUCAAAUAAUCGCGAAAUCUGUGUCGUCAAUGUUAGCGGGGAAUAAGAAUCCAUCGACCAAUGCCGAAUUAGCAGAUUUGUUAGAGCUCACUCGCUCUCAUCACACAAGUCAUUUGACGAUACACGCUCAACUACCAAGUUGCAGGACCGCAAUCCUCUCAUCACUUUGGCAUGUCCUCCAGAAAAAUGUGCCCAAGACAAAACCCAUCAAAAAACGAGCAUCGAUGUUCUCGACAGAGCGUAUAUCAAACGCACUCAGUGGAUCGGACGAGCCCGUGCGUCUCUUUUCUACGGAUCUACAGCGAUCUAAUUAUGGAAACCUGGGACUGCGUCGUUCCUUCCAAACAGAAAAUCAUGACGACAGCGAAGAAAGUGACGUGUGUCUAUUGAAUAGCGAAUCCGAGGACCAGCUUUUGGAUAAUUUCAGCGAGGCAAGCUUCACAGACAUCGGGGAAUCGACUCAAACAUCCCUUGAUACGUUGUUCUCAACAAUUGGGUCAUCUCAGACUUCAUACGGUGAUCAUGAUCAUAUGCUUCUCUCGGGCCAUGAUGAAAUAGUGGAUUAUACAGGGAAUUAUGUGACUGAGCAUUAUGCUGAAGAAGAUAUGGAGGCAUAUGGUACGGACAUUAUCAUGGCUGAUGACAUUUAG